AUUACACAAUCAACAAUGAACCAAACCCAAACGCCGGGCACAAAUACGGAAGAGAGAAAACAAUAGAAACAACACUCAGACACAAAUCAAAUUGUUGAGAAAAUGAAGCACACCAAAGUUCAGUGCUGCGAUCAUCUCCAUUUAUUUCCCUCCACUCAGACACAAACACGCCUUCAAUGCAAAUAAAAAUAGCAAUUUACGUCAUCUUCUGCAUUUAUUUCCAUCGCUACCGUGUUCGAAUUUCAUUGGACGAGUGGCAAGAGAAGUUGCAGAUAUGAAUUCAGAUGGCUAAAUCCAAACAUCUCGAUCCUCCGGGUCCUUGUAUGAUACCAAAACGAGAUAUCCUCCUCCGAGUCCGAUAUCCAGAUCCAUCAAUUUCUUCUUCUGGUAUUGCAGUAUGAUACUACGAUCAAUAACAAGUCUUCUACGCAUAUAAGAACCUCCCUUCCUUCGCUUCCAUCUUCUCUUACAAAAUUUCGACCUUUUUCUGUGGGUUUCGAUAGAACUGCUCAGGCAGAGGGAGGGGAUGACAUGAACCCUGACAAAACCAUGGAGCCUGGUCUCAACUGGGAGAAAGUCUUCUGCUACUACAUCUUCUCCGUUCUCUUCCUCAGCCUUCUCUGCCGUGCCGACUUCCUGUACAACGUUUGUCCGAAUACAACGACUUACACUACUAAUAGCACUUUCCAAACCAAUCUCAACUUCCUCCUCUCCUCUCUUUCCUCCAACGCCACACCCACUAACAAUGGUUUCUACAAUACUACCGCCGGUCGCAUUCCCGAUAGGGUCUACGGCCUCUUCCUUUGCAGAGGCGACAUCACCGACGAUGUCUGCCAGAGUUGCGUUGAGACCGCCACUCAAGACAUCAUUCAGCGAUGCCCCAACAGAAAAGUGGCAACCAUUUGGUACGAUGACUGCAUGUUACGCUAUUCCGACCUAUCUUUCUUUUCCGUCGCGUCUGGCGUGUCUUUCUACAUGUGGAACACGCAGAAUAUCACAGAUCGAAACAAGUUCGAUCAGAUCUUGGAUGAUACGAUGAACCAGAUAGCCAACCGGGCAGCUUUCAAUUCUUCUCCCAAAAAGUUCUCUACCCAAGAAGCUAAUUUCUCGAGUUUUCAGACCCUCUACUCUCUUGUUCAGUGCACACCAGAUUUAUCAGGAAACAGCUGUUACAACUGUCUUCUAGGCGCCAUUAGUAAUAUCCCCACUUGCUGCGACGGGAAACAAGGUGGACGAGUUCUUGGGCCCAGCUGUAAUUUGAGGUAUGAGAUAUACCCUUUCUACCGGAUUACGGCUAAUGCUUCCCCUCCGUCACCUCUCAGUCCUUCACCUCCAACUAAUAGUGUUAUCCCUUCUUCAGGAAAAAGGAAAAAGACGUCAGCUGGAACAAUUGUUGCUAUUGUUGUUCCAGUUGUUAUCGCAGUGCUCCUCAUCUCUAUCCUCUCCUGUUGUUGUCUACGCAGGAAAAAAAUGGACAUAAUCAGUCAAGUUGGCAAUGAAAUUGGAGAUGUGGAGUCAUUGCAAUUUAAUUUGAGCACAAUCAUUGAGGUUACAAACAACUUCUCUGAUGAAAAUAAGAUUGGUGAAGGUGGAUUCGGAAGUGUUUACAAGGGUAAACUUUCUGGUGGACAAGAAAUUGCUGUGAAAAGGCUCUCUAGAAGCUCUGGGCAAGGUGCAGUGGAAUUCAAGAAUGAGGUCAUAUUGGUUGCCAAGCUUCAACACCGGAAUCUUGUUAGGCUCUUGGGGUUUUGCUUGGAAGGCGAAGAGAAGAUACUUGUCUAUGAAUUUGUCCCCAACAAAAGCCUUGACUUCUUCCUGUUUGAUCCUAAUGAAUGUGCACGUUUGGAUUGGCCGACACGUUACAAGAUUAUAGGAGGGAUUGCUCGAGGACUCCUCUAUCUCCAUGAAGAUUCUCGGCUCAGGAUUAUUCAUCGUGAUCUUAAACCUAGCAAUAUCCUGCUGGAUGGUAAUAUGAACCCUAAAAUAUCUGAUUUUGGGAUGGCUAGAAUUUUUGGUGCAGAACAGAGUCAAGCAAAUACAAACAGAAUUGUUGGAACAUAUGGUUACAUGUCUCCGGAAUAUGCAAUGCAUGGACAAUUCUCAGUCAAAUCAGAUGUAUUUAGCUUUGGUGUUUUACUUUUGGAGAUUAUAACUGGCAAGAAAAACAGCCCAUUCUAUCAAUCAGAAUAUGGGGAGGAUCUUCUAAGCAGUGUCUGGCGCCAUUGGAAUGAGGGAACAGCUUUGGACCUGCUGGAUCCAAUUCUAAGAGACCAUUAUUCGAAGGAUGAAGUAACGAGAUGCUUUCACAUUGGAUUAUUGUGUGUUCAGGAGUCUGUAGCUGACAGACCCACUAUGGGAACAGUGGUUCUCAUGCUCAACAGUUAUUCUGUCACUCUUGAAAUGCCUUUACAACCAGCAUUCGUUGCACCCAGAAAAAUGCAGUCAGGCACCACCACAGGAGACAGCCAAGGAGAGGCAUCUAAAUCGGAUCAAUCUACAAGUAAGUCAGCACAAUGGUCUAUCAAUGAUGUGUCAAUUACUGAGCUACACCCCAGGUAAUUGGAAUUCUAUACAAGUGGAUAGGGGAAGGUACAUGAAAAGCCUUGUCCCAAAAAUUGUUGAAUAGAUGAAGUUUGUUGGUGUGUUUGUGUUCCCUGAACCACUAUAACAUGAUAGAGGAAAGAAAUUAAUUGGUGUUCAGAAGAAA